AUGGCCAAACUUCAGGGGAUAAAUGUUCUUAACGGGCUAUAUUAUAUAAAACUUUUGUGUUUCAGAUAUCGUGCGCUAGACACAAUGUCUAAGUACAUUCUCCUGUUUGAUAUCAGACUUUUAGAUAAGACGCUGUUUUAUCUCUGGAAAAGGAUAAUAAAUGUAAUUUUCAUUAAAGAACAUGCUGUUAUAGAUUCAUCUGGAAAUGAUCUAAGCUGGUUCGAAAUCAUGACUGUACCUUUCCCUCUUCCAAUAAAUAAUAUUCUUAUACCUUGGAAAGUCGAUAUCUGGGCUCAUUCGAAAUUCAGAAAAGGAGCUGAGCUUUUUAGAGACAAAACCUCAGAUUUACAAAACCAAACAUUGAAAGUGAUUGUUUUUCCCCAUUUACCAGGCGUCACUAGAACAAAUGCUUCAGAUGGAGUUAGGGCACUGCUAGGUAGAAAUGAAAAUAAUACUACCACCAAAUUUCAUGGAGUUGAGAUUGAAAUUCUCCAAGCUGUUUCGAAGACAAUGAAUUUCAAAUGCGAUGUGUACGAAGCAGAAAAUUCAGAUACAGAGCUCUGGGGUAGAAAAUUAGAUGGAGGCUUAUAUACUGGAAUAAUUGGAGAAAUGGUUAGUGCAAGUGCAGAUAUAGCUGUUGGAGAUUUGUACUAUACCUCAUAUAUACUCGACUUAAUGGAUUUAAGUGUUCCUUACAACACAGAAUGUCUUACGUUUCUCACACCGGAAUCACUAACAGAUAAUUCUUGGAAAACUUUGAUACUUCCUUUCUCACCAGUCAUGUGGACUAGUGUAAUCAUGUCUCUCCUAUUUUGCAUUUUAUCUUUCCACUAUUUGGCUAGAUUCCAGAUUCAUAUAACAAGCAUAAAAAAUAAAUUAGAUCGUUCCACGUAUCCCGGAGUUAACAACAACAAAGUACUCAAAAAAAAGAAGGUUCUGACACUUUCUUUAUAUCCUGAGCUAGAAAAACUGGAUCCAAAUAUAAAAUUCACACAGAUGAGAGAAAAAUACCAAAAACCAAAAGCAGAAGGAGGUCCUGUAGGUUUAUAUCAAUUCAGUGAGCCAGUAAACAGUGCAUUGUAUACUUACAGUAUGUUACUACUCGUUUCUAUUCCAAAAUUACCAUUUGGAUGGUCUCUAAGAAUGUUAACAGGAUGGCAUUGGUUAUACUGCUUAUUAGUGGUUACAUCAUACAGAGCGAGCAUGACUGCGAUAUUAGCAAGACCAGCACCGAAGGUGAAAAUAGACACACUUCAAGAACUAGCUAAGAGCAAAUUGACAUGUGGUGGUUGGGGUGAAAUGAACGGAGAAUUUUUCAGAUCGCUGAAUGAUUCUGAUUUGAAUGCCCUUACCAAGAACUUCGUCUUAGUGAAUGAUUCAGAAGAAGCUGUCAGUAGAGUAGCAAGAGCGUCCUUCGCAUUUUAUGAAAAUACCUAUUUUUUGAAAAGUGCUCUGGUAAAAAGACAGCAAAAGUUACGUCUUCAAUUGUCUGAAGUUUCACUUGAUGACAUUCAAAAUCAAUCAGAGGAGAGGACAUUGCACAUAAUGAAGGACUGUAUCAUCAACAUGCCAAUAUCUAUAGGGUUGCAAAAAAAUUCUCCUAUCAAACCAGCGGUGGAUAAAUAUAUAAGAAGGGUUUUAGAAGCAGGCUUCGUCAAAAAAUGGAUAGAUGAUGUAAUGCAGAAAGUACUAAAUUCAGAAAUUCAAACAGACGACGCAGAAACUUUGAAGGCUCUAAUGAAUAUGAAGAAAUUCUCUGGAGCUCUUGUGGCUCUUCUGAUUGGAUAUUUCAUAAGUAUUGUGUCUUUGGUCACAGAAAUAGUACACUUCCACAGUGUGGUAAAGAAAAAUCCCAACUUCAAUAAAUAUUCCAGACGAAUAGAAAACCGGAUGAAAUGAAUUAUGUUUACACUUUAUCACAAGUUUACUACUUGAGGUUUUUUAUAUAUUUUUAUAGUUUAUUCACUGUAAUAUGUAUAUGUUAUCUAAGAAGAAAUGUUAUCUAAUAAACUUGAACUAUUCCUUU